AUGAAGACCGAAGACGACUCUUCCGACUUCGUAUCCGCCGUGCCUCCCGCCCCAGCCUCCGAGUCCGACCCGGCCCUCAGCCUGCGCCAUUCCGGCGCCGCUGCCGACCCAGAUCCUGCCGGCCCCUCCGCCUCGCCCUCCAGGCCCUCUCAGUCCAAGCGGACCGUCUGUGAUCACUGUAGGAGACGACGAAUUCGCUGCGACGGGCAGCUUCCCUGCCAGCAGUGUCUCAAUGCCAGCUUGACUUGCAAGCGGGAUCAUGUUCCCAGGAAGCGUGGUCCCAAGAGGGGCCAUGGCCGCGUCAUCAACGAGUUGAGAGCGCGGGAGAAGGAGAGAGACAGCAGAGACAACAGUGCAGAACCUGAGGUCCAGCCAGCCCGCGUCGCCUACCCGUCAACAGCAUUACCACAGGAUGUCUCAUGGCGGAACAACGCCUCAGAUCCUCGCAAUGGGCCAGAACCAAGGAGCAUCUUUACGUCCGAUCAGCACCAACCUCUCCACCGGCCCUUCCUGCAUCUUAUCCCGCAAUGUGUUGACCUCUACUAUGAACACAUCUAUCCCAUCAUGCCAGUCCUCUACAUGCCAGCCAUCCGUUCCAUGAUCGCGAGGCAGAUGACGCCGUCCGAAAAGAACCUUAUUUUUGCCCUAUGUGCUCUGGUAAGCAUGCACAUGUCCGGGAAAAGCCUCAGCUUUGACGGCCCAGCGUCGUGGGAAGACGCCGGCCGCUUUUUCCUGGACGAGUGCGUGUCCAACCGGCAGUCCUAUGAUUUCAUGGAGGAUGCGUCGCUGCAUGCCGUUAUCUCCUCGUUUUGGUUGUCGACUUCUUUCUUCGAGAUAAAUCAGAACCGGAAGUCUUGGUUGUAUUUGAGGGAAGCACUCACCCUGGCUCAGGACAUGGGACUGCAUGAUGAUUCAACAUACGUUAGCUUAACCCCUCAGGAGGCCCUGUGCAGGCAACGGGUAUUCUGGAUAUUGUUUGUCACUGAAAGAUCUUUCGCCAUUCUGCGCAACAAACCCAUCACUUUUAAGAAGACGCCGAUGUUACCCACGACGCGUCACUCCUACGAAUCACCGGACAUCCAUGCUGGAUUUCUGCAGCUGGUGUCGUCUUACACGCCUCUGGACGAGUCGUUUGUAUCGGCUUGGAACGAAGGAUCUGAUCCUCGGGUCAGUGCGACUACUUACCUUGCUCUCCAGAAUCUUCUGGCCCAGCCUCCUUCCUUCCUCCAGCGAUCUCGCGCCACUACGCCGUCUUCAGACUCGGCGCCGAUUUUCUCUGCACCCGUGACAGCAGCACCAUCAGUCUCGGGCUCGAACGACGAUGCCGACGAGGAAAUAAUACUAUCUGAGCCAACUGCUAUUCAGAAGGCCGACCUGCUCGUCACCCAGCAGUGGCUGAGGCUAAUUGUGUGGCAAGCUUCGUUUCGCCAGAGCUUACUGAGCUGGACAGCCCCACACGAGAGCAUGCAUUUCGCCUUCCCUUUGGCAAUCGCGCGCUCGACAGCUGCCGUCCUGCAGAGCCUUCCCAGCACCGCAGUCGAAGUACACGGCAUGGGGAUGUUCGAGAAGAUUUUCGAGAUUGGCACCUGGUGCAUGAAUGUGCUCGGUGCAGUCGACCGCGCCAGUGCCGCUGGAACCCCAAUCAGUGGACUCGGCUCCUUGAGUGGCGGCUUGAUGGGGAUGGACUUCCUGCCCGGAAGCGGGGACCUCGGUGUUCUCGGUGUCAGCAGGAAAGGCGCCGCCAUCGACCCACUCGAGUUCUUUGUCCGCACCCUCAGCGCAACGCCAAACAGCAGAACGCAGUUCGCUGAUAGACUGCUGAUGUUUGCCCAGGAGCGACCGGGCGGAAUGAGAAUGGUAUUGACACCGUCGCUCACAUCGCCAAUCCUCGGACCCGAGGGCAUGUCUCUCUCGUGGCUAACCGGCUCAACCGGUGGCAGCCAGCAAAUGGGUGGCAUCCUCGGGGAGGUGGUCAAGGACGAGCAGGAGCCGGAUCCCGAUUCCGAGAUGUAUUCGAUGGGUGGCAACCUUAACGCCGGACAGUCAAGCUCGUCUUUCCUUGGCGACCCGCUGCUUGACCCUGACAACGUCAAUGCCUUCAGCACCGCCCUAAACAGCGUAGCUGCGGGUCAGCGCUCUAUCCCGGCAUCUAUGCCGUCGCUGACGACGACCUCGGUGCCGCUUCCGGACUGGACGAGCGACGUCAACGGGGGGCCCCAGCAGGACUGGGAGUACGACCUGACCAGUCCGCUAGUGGACAGUUUCAGUAACCACGUCUCGGCCUACAACAGUGGCACGGGGACACCGAUCGGGUCAUUCACUCCUGGGACGUUCUCGAGACAGGACUCAGGAGACUCCUUGUACCAAUAUCAGCAAAGGCAGCGUCAGCAAUUCACGAGUGGGUUCAACAAUGGUGGGAGCUCCAGCAGCAUCGGUAUGACCAAUGAAUAG